CUGAACCGGAGCCUUCUUCCUCUCUUCCUUGAAAAUCUCGCACUAUUAAUCGAUCACUUUAUCUUUGCGCCUCUCCCCUUCGAGGGAGCGAGCUCCAAUGCCAUUACGGAACCAAACCCUAACCCUAGCUCUCGAAUGGCAAACUCUAGCUCUACCCUGCAGCGCUUACUCUUGAUCGCCAUUGUUGGAGAGAAUCAUCUGCCCAAGCGCCGCCGCCUUUUUUUCUGGACGAAAUCCCUAAAUUUUUUUUUUGGUCGAUCGGGGUCAAGCUUCGCUGCGCGUUCGUUUUCCAGGGUUAAUUGGCGCUCUGGGGUAGACACUUGCUCUUUCAGAGGCUUGCUGAAGGACCUGGAUUGGAGCGCGUGCCCUAAUUUGGUAAAAAGUUUUGGGAUUUGGGUUCACGGGAUGGCGGGGGAUAUUUUGCGGUUAAUGCUCAUCUGCGGAUUUGAAGAUUCCUCACUGUAUUAUUUGUUGAGAACACGGAGAGUGUUGUCCCUUAUCUCUGCAAGUUGCCUUCUCUAUGCCUGGAAGUGAAGUUAUUGACAAUUUGCAAUUGUUUUGAGCAAGACAGAUUUGUCAUUGGUUUUUUCUGACAUUAGCUGCGGGACUUUGUUACCUAUGGACAAAAACUACUAGCUUGUUCUUUCCAGAAGCAAAUUUUCUCAAAGUGCAUAUAUAAAUAUUGACAUACCCAGGAUCAGGCAUUUUCUUGAAUAAUUUUCACCUCUUCAUAGCCAUGUUGUCAAUUCACUUGCCAAAUGUAUGACAAUUUUGGUUAGCUCAUCAGGGUCUGAAGGGAACUGGCAUUUGGUGCUCAAAUUUCUUUUUGCCAAAAUCUGUCCAGUUGACUUUGGAACCUGCGUUCAUUAAUAGCUUGCCGGAAAGCAACAGUUAGCUGUCUGAACAGUGUUGAUCUUGGUUCUAAAUUUUUUAUUCGAGGUAAGUAGAGUUGCAAGGAGAGGUGAUGUUGCAAACAAUUACAAGUUAAUGCCAAAAGACGUAUGUAUUUUUUGAACCCUUGAAUCUAGCUGUGGCCUUAACAAGAAACUCAGAGAGAUCUGUUGUGGCUGAAGGUUUCUGAUUGUUUGAUCUUGUUGGU